CAGAUAGUUAUUCAACUCCACCUAUUCACGCCACCUCCUCCACUCUUGCAUCACAUGGUCGAGUUGUACCGUCACGUGCGAAAGGGUUACCAGGAUCCCUACCGAGCCCGUCUCACUCCUACCGAAGCGGUAGAUUUGGAUUUAGCUGAGUCUAUGGAGAGCUCUCUUCCCUACUGCACCUUUACCAAUCGUGGUCUUGCUCUCGUCUUUCCACUUUGCCCUCGUCUCUCCAGCCUCACCAUCCGACAUGCGCCCUACAUCACCCGUUUUCCCCGUAUUGAUCAACUACUUCCUGCGGAAGCUGCGGCACAAACAGUAGCUCCUGCAUCAACUUCACAACCUUCAGUUUCAAUCUCCAUACCUGUUCCGCAACAGUUCCCGCAAUCAACAACAUCAACGGUUCUUACAUCACAGCCGCCUCAAAUAUCAACGCCAUCAUCAGGGCCAGUUAAAGUCAUCCCCAACACUGUAUAUCGUUCUUCUCUUCCCUUGAAAUCUCUAACUCUAGAAAAUUGUCCUGGCAUCACCGCAUCAGAACUGGAGAGUAUUCUUGCAAAAGGUGAUCCCUUUGGUUUUUUGGAAUCUCUUGUUCUGCGUGACAUGUUUCCUUUGAGUCGAGAGACUGUGUUCAUGGGUCCUGCCUACCACUGGUCUCAGCGAUGGUUGCUCGAUUCCAACACAAUUUCCGGAACUUGCGUUGGAGGCGAAGGGAGGGAACUUUCAACUAGUCCUGAUUAUCGGAAAUUGGGUCUACUUCUUUCUAUCGCGGACCUCCUCUCAUCUCGUCUAGUCGGCUAUCCACCCAUCUCUCCUGUCGGUAUUGGAAUGGGUUCGUCGGUUCGAGAUGUCUCGCACUCAGCCACUACCACCGGUCUUCGUGUCUAUGAGCUCCCUGUCCAGCCUUUUGACAUCUUUUUCACCCUGCGAACUCAUACUUACUUGACUUCGCUUCUUCAAAUGGACGGCACAUGUGGUCGUCGUAUCUUCGGUCCCUGCAGGAUCCAUCGUCUACUCCUUGACAGUACUCUGAUUGAGAGUUCACCAGAAGUUGGGGUAGAUAAAGAAAAAGAAGAAAAAAGCGCCUUCUUUGUCUCCCGCUCCACCCAGACUUGUGUGUGUGGUCUGCUUGAGUGGGAUUUUGUCCAGCGCCUCCACGUGGAAUCUGGGCCUUCGCAGUUACCACCGGCAGACCCCAAAGACCAGGGUCUGUACCAGCAUCAACAUCAGUUGGGCGGUCCACUGGCCUUUCAUCCCUUCCCUGUGCUUUUGCAGCACAAUGCGCUGUAUCAAAAACUCAUCUGCUCGGACUGGGCGGAUAAGAUAUGCGCCACAGCAAACUUUGAUCGGCUGCGGGAUAAGCAGUGUUCUUUCGUCCGGCCUUUGUGUGGACCUGGCGAGUGCUUCGGAUGUGGUUCGGGUUUUGCAGAACCGCCUUCAAAAACACAACUGGAGCCAUCACUUCAUCACACUCCACGCGUUUGGACGGCUCGUGAUGCUUGUGUGGACACGAGCGAGUUGCGCCAAUUUGUAGGUCCCAAGGCGUGCGUGCUAACCCUGCGUCAACCCAUCGCAUCGCCCCUCAGCUGUCUCACCACACUGCACUUUGAGCGUGUAGGUCUCACCCACCUAGUGCUCUCCAGCGUACCACGAUUGAAGAAUAUCACGCUGGAAAAUUGUCCAGCUCUCACCGCCAUACUGUUCCAUGGCGUCGCAUCCGGUGCUCCCGCCACUGCUAUCACCGUCCCCUCCCCUUCCUCCACUGUCUUCCCGCCUUGUAUCCCCGUGAAGAUGACCAAUCCGGUACCCUUCCUCCGACGUGUUCGCAUUAUCCGAUGUCCGAAAUUCGCUAUUUACAAUUGGCUCGGUGCUGUCGCUGCCCUCUAUCCCUAUCAUGAGGAGAAUAUAUUUAUCACCUUCCGGGAGUGGUUUUUCGUCCAUCAUGCACGUAUAGGAUCUACCAAGCCUCUUAAUCGUGAUUCAAGGGGCGCCGCUAUUCCCAUUUCAACUCUUUUACUUCUGUUCCACUUUCUCUUCUACGACCUGGCGAUAGUGGUAAGGGAAGAUGACACUUGUCACUUAUACAAACCAUCUCGGGGACGUGGCGAUGAAUGUCUUCGUAGGGAACACUCACAAGGUCGGUCGUCCUCGGAGGCUGUCGUUGCCACUCUUGCCACCCGUUGCCACCUUUUUUUAUCACUGAAGGCAUAUGAUGGGUCGUCGAACGAUUCGCCACUGGAAUCAAGUUGA